AUGAGCAAAAAGAUGGAGAAGUACGGUUUUCGUGCAAUCAUACUGCAUGAGUUCAAACUCGGACACAACAUAAUUGCUGCUACUGCAAACAUACAAAAGGCAUGGGGUGAAGACGCACCUAAAGAAACCUUAAUUCAUCGUUGGUAUGAUAAGUUCGCUGACGGAGAUUUCGAUCUGGACGUAGAGCCUCCUCCUCAACGUCGAAGGACGACAGUUAGCGCACCAAAGGUGGAGAAAAUCUCAGAAAAACCGCAAAGAAUGAGAGCCACCAGUGACGCAUCGAGGUACAUGUUUGCAAACAAAGGCAUUCAUCUCUGA